AUUGGACAACUUUACAUACAGAAGAAGUCCCCAAUGUAGGAAGUAGAAGAACCACAACCCGACACCAAACUCAUUGAUUCAUUCAUCAUUCUCCCAAUCUUCUUCUUCUUCUUCUUCUUCUUCUUCUAGUUUGCUCUUCUGCAAGUGAUCUGAGUGAUUGAAUAACAAUAUAAUGUCUACUAGCUCUCGUAUUUCGCAGCACAUACGAGUGUGUAAUCAGAACCACCUAGGGUUGGGUUUUUGCUACUCUAGAAAUGUUCACCUUUCAUCUUCUUUGAUGCUCAGACCUCCCUCCUCCGUUGCCCCUCUUUCUGAUAAAAGAUCAAAUUCUUCUUCUUCUUCUUCAAACAUCGAUUUCGGCCUCCCUCUUUCUGCUUCUCUUCAACCCAAAUCGCCUACCGCCGGAAUUCCUGUGCUCUCUGACUGUUUCAGCCAACAUGAAGAUGAUCGCGAGCCUCCACCUGAAGGAUUGGCCUCCGUGGCAGGAGGGAUAGUAGCUUUGGGAAAGUUUGAUGCCCUACACAUUGGUCAUCGAGAACUUGCAAUCCAAGCGGCAAAGAUUGGAGUUCCAUUUCUUUUAUCAUUUGUUGGAAUGGCAGAAGUACUUGGUUGGGAACCUAGGGCUCCCAUAGUUGCCAAAUUUGACCGGAAGCGGGUUCUUUCCUCCUGGGCUCCAUACUGUGGUAACAUGAUUCCUACUGAGUACCAGGUUGAAUUUUCAAAAGUUCGCCACCUCACCCCAUAUCAGUUUGUUGAGAAGUUAUCAAAGGAAUUUGGACUACGUGGCGUUGUGGCAGGUGAAAACUACCGGUUUGGAUACAAAGCUGCUGGUGAUGCAUCAGAGCUGGUAAAGCUAUGCGAUAAGUAUGGUAUGUCAGCAUAUAUUAUAAAUUCUGUCAUGGAUCAGAACCUUGACUCCAGAAAUAUAGGCUCUGGUGAUUCAAAGGAGCAAGGGCAAGUCUCGUCUACUCGCGUUCGUCAUGCUCUUGGCAAAGGAGACAUGAAAUAUGUCUCGGAGCUUUUGGGUCGCCACCAUCGUCUUAUGUUGAUGGUGAAAGAUCAGGAAUGGUUAAUCAGCAAUCAACGUAUCGUGUCAGCUCGAAAAUCUUGUUUGUUAAAUCUUCCACCAAAGGAUGGCCUAUACGAGCGCUGUUCGCUUUUCGUAGGCAGUGAAAAUGUAGUGCCAUGUAGAGUAACCAUUGAUGCAACCCAUAUUCAUUUGGAAUUGGAUGAGGUAGGUACAUGUAUUAGUAUUAUUUCUCAUGAAUUUAGGUUCUUGGGUAUUGACUUUGGAGUCUCUUAAUUUUCUCGUUGGUUUUAAAAAUAGGCUAUAUUAUUGGAGAAGCAAGGGGGGUGAUUUGUAAUCAAUUACUAAGCUAGUACAUUUUUUACAUUGUCUAGUCUAUUCUAUUCUGUCAAUUGAAAGAAAGUAAAGUUGAUUUAUUGAUCAGUA